AUGCUCCAAAACGCUUUUAUCGACCCGUUAAAGUGUGAAAUUACACACCGCGUUCGCUUGUUUUUCUCUUUCGUCUGGUACACGGCCAGCUUUGGUUUACUUUUUCUUUGGGGAAAAAUAGCCUCUUUCUUUGGUUGUGUUGCUGCGUCUUCGUGUUUUCGUCGACGAUGCCGUCGAAAACCAACGGUUGUGAUUGGUGAGCUCUUUGUCCUUCGUGGUGGUAGAAUAACACCCUUGGCCACCGUCCAAAACAGCCACCUGGAGCCUUUGGGGUUACCCUCUUCUCCUUCUUCUUCCUUGACGUCCUCGUCUUAUUUGGCUUGUUGUUCUUCUGCGGCUCCUUCUUCCUCUGCGGCUCCUUCUUCUUCUGCGGCUCCAUCUUCUUCUGCGGCUCCAUCUUCUUCUGCGGCUCCAUCUUCUUCUGCGGCUCGGUCUUCUUCUGUGGGCUCCUCUUCGCUUGAGGCUAGCUUUUCUUUUGUUGGACCCUCUUCGUCUGCUAGUCUGACUUCUUCUGCUGUUCUGUCUUCUUCUGUUGCUGCCUCUGUCACGUCCAUAAAAUUGAACAUGACAUGCUACUCCUUGGAUUGUGCCUGUGUUGCUGGUUUGCCUUGUCUUUCUGGUGGUAGGAUGCCUUCCUUCCGUCCUCCCCUCCAAAGGUACUCGUCGUCUGUCUCCUUCGGUUUUGGCUGCGAAGCCAUUACUCAAGGCUAUCUUGAGACUGACGUUGGUUCUCUCGGUUUUGGUCGAGACUGUUCGUCUUCCGUCGGCUCGUCCUUGGCCUUUGGUCAAGCUUUUCCUCCUGGUGACUUUGCGGUAUUCAGUGAUAGUUUGCCUGCGGUUGCUUCACCAAUGGAGGUUGAUGAUGUUUCUGUCCCUGUUUCUGGGGAAUCUGGUGACUUGGGUGUGGCUGUGGCUUCUGCUCCUCUUGCCUCUGGACUUUCUGCUGCUUCUUCUCCAGCCGCUGAAGAACUUUGCCGUGUGUCUGUGUCUCCUCCUGGGGAUAAGUUGCUGUCUGCUGCUGUGUUCUUGGCUGGUGCUGAGAUUGGUUCGGUUGUUGGAACUGGCUCUGCUGGUGUAGCUUCUGACGUGGUUGAGGCUCCUGCUGUUGCUUUGCCUCGACCUGUGGUUACUCCUCGUCGUCUUGGGUCCGGUCGUCGUGUUGCUGUUUCGUCGGCUGUUUUAGCUGAUGCUGUUGCAGCUACAGCCGUGGUUACCCCCCUUGCUUCUCCUCCUUUUUCGCCUUCUCCUUGCGAGAAAAGACAGCGUGGGGAUAAGCGAAAGAAUGACGCUCCUCCUCCUGCCACAACCGUUCGUUCUUGUUUCGUUCCUCGUUCUGGUGACGUUUCUUCGUCUAUUGCUGUGCCGUCUGUUGUGACUCCUUUGUCGGUCCUUCCGGCGUGUACCGUUGGCUUGGGCUCUUCUGUGUCUUGUCCUGCUUCUGUCUCGGCCGUCCCUUCUGUCCCUUCUGUCUCUUCUGUCUCUUCUCUCUCUUCUGUCUCUUCUGUCUCUUCUGUCCCUGUCGUGGAGGGAUCUUCAAUUACUGUCUCUCCCGUACGCCCAAUCGCUAAACCACGGGUAGCGCAUUACGAAAAGGCUCGGGAGAGACUAGCAUUGAAGGCUCUCUUCGAUAGGGCCGAAAAAGAAGAAGAAGAAGAAGACAAAAAAGAAAAAGAAAAGGCAGACGGACGAUCUUCUUCGUGGAGAAGAAAAUAA